CUUUCCUUUUUUGCCCUCCCAAUUAUAUCAUCUUUGCACUUUAGUUAAUUAGUUUCUGAUUUUGUCUAUUUCAUACUGUAAUUCUGUAAAUAGUCUCUCGAUCUUCAUUUUGAGUUUGCUUAAAUAUCAUUUCUGGGUUUUUGCUUUGGUUCCUAAAUUUGUUUCUAUUUUAAGUGAUGAAGAUUGGAGCUGACUUUGUUGGUUUUGAAUGGUUGACUUAUCAUGUUAAAGAUGAUUCAUUUAUGUAUUUGAAGUUGUUUUUGCUUACAUUUUGAGGUUUUAGUAUUCUGAUUUUGCUGAUUAUAAGUUUCAUCUGGUCCAUUGAUACUCAAAUUUAUGUUUUUCAUAAAAGUUUGCAACUUGGAAACUGAUCAUAGUGUUUCAACAGGUAUAAUUUGAUCAAACAAGCUUUGGUUUAGAGGGGUGAAGACUUUUAACUAAUCAGGUAUUGAUUUCGAAAUGUCGUCAGGAGAGUGUAGCAAUGUGCAGUUAGAUGAUCAUAGGAAGAAUAACUUAGAGAUUGAUGAAGGGAGAGAAUUUGAAUCAAAAGAGGAAGCUUUUGAGUUCUACAAAGAAUAUGCUAACUCUGUUGGUUUUACUACCAUUAUUAAAGCUAGUCGUCGUUCAAGAAUGACCGGGAAAUUUAUUGAUGCCAAGUUUGUUUGUACGCGAUAUGGAAGCAAGAAAGAAGACAUAGAUACUGGUUUAGGUACUGAUGGAUUUAACAUUCCUCAAGCAAGAAAACGUGGUAGAAUUAACCGGUCAUCGUCGAAAACCGAUUGUAAAGCUUUUUUACAUGUUAAGAGAAGGCAAGAUGGGAGGUGGGUUGUUCGUAGUUUGGUAAAAGAACAUAACCAUGAAAUCUUCACUGGUCAAGCUGAUUCCUUAAGAGAAUUGAGUGGGAGGAGAAAACUCGAGAAACUAAACGGUGCUAUUGUUAAAGAGGUGAAAAGCAGGAAGCUUGAGGAUGGGGAUGUUGAAAGACUUUUAAACUUCUUUACUGAUAUGCAAGUUGAGAAUCCUUUCUUCUUUUAUUCCAUUGAUCUCAGUGAGGAGCAGAGUUUAAGAAACAUCUUUUGGGUUGAUGCAAAAGGUAGAUUUGAUUAUACUUGUUUCUCUGAUGUUGUAUCUAUUGACACUACAUUCAUCAAGAAUGAGUAUAAACUGCCUCUUGUUGCUUUUACUGGCGUGAACCACCAUGGACAGUUCCUGUUGCUUGGUUUUGGAUUAUUACUAACGGAUGAGUCUAAAUCUGGAUUUGUUUGGCUUUUCCGGGCAUGGUUAAAAGCGAUGCACGGAUGCAGACCUAGAGUUAUACUUACUAAGCAUGACCAAAUGCUCAAGGAAGCUGUCUUGGAGGUGUUCCCAUCUUCUAGACAUUGCUUUUAUAUGUGGGAUACUCUUGGCCAGAUGCCGGAAAAGCUUGGUCAUGUUAUCAGACUAGAGAAAAAACUUGUGGAUGAGAUAAAUGAUGCUAUUUACGGGUCUUGCCAGAGCGAGGACUUUGAAAAGAAUUGGUGGGAGGUAGUUGAUAGGUUUCAUAUGAGAGACAACGUGUGGCUUCAGUCGUUGUAUGAAGAUAGGGAAUAUUGGGUUCCUGUAUAUAUGAAAGAUGUAUCUCUAGCGGGAAUGUGUACAGCUCAGAGAUCAGACAGUGUGAACUCUGGUUUAGAUAAAUACAUUCAAAGGAAAACUACAUUUAAAGCAUUUCUUGAGCAGUACAAGAAGAUGAUACAAGAGAGGUACGAAGAGGAAGAGAAAUCGGAGAUUGAGACAUUGUAUAAACAACCGGGACUUAAGUCACCUUCACCAUUUGGGAAGCAAAUGGCUGAGGUAUACACUCGUGAGAUGUUCAAGAAGUUUCAGGUGGAGGUGUUGGGAGGAGUUGCUUGUCAUCCGAAGAAAGAAAGUGAAGAAGAUGGGGUUAACAAGAGGACUUUCAGGGUUCAAGAUUAUGAACAGAACCGUUCUUUCGUUGUGGUCUGGAACUCUGAAUCAUCUGAAGUUGUCUGUUCUUGUCGAUUGUUUGAGUUGAAAGGUUUUCUUUGUAGGCACGCGAUGAUUGUUCUGCAGAUGUCAGGGGAACUUAGUAUUCCUUCUCAGUAUGUGUUGAAGCGUUGGACAAAGGAUGCAAAAAGCAGAGAAGUCAUGGAAUCUGAUCAGACUGAUGUAGAAUCAACUAAGGCUCAACGGUACAAGGAUCUUUGUCUCCGUUCUUUAAAACUGAGUGAGGAAGCAUCUUUAUCCGAGGAGAGCUAUAACGCCGUGGUCAAUGUGCUGAAUGAAGCUUUAAGAAAGUGGGAGAACAAGAGUAACUUGAUCCAAAAUCUUGAAGAGUCAGAAUCGGUUACAGCUCAAGAUCUUCCAAUACAUGAAGAACAGAACAAUACAUAUGACAUGAACAAAGACGAUAAUGUCGCUGACACAGGACAGGAAUAUUCAUUGCAAGAAGUCUGGAAAGUAACUGCUUUGCAAGAACAAAGAAACCGAUACUCGAUUCUCGAUGACUACCUCAGUGCCCAACAUAUGUCUCAUGAAAUGGGACAAAUCAACUCGAUGGCCUCAAAUCGCAAUGGAUAUUGUUCUGUCCAUCAAAACAUACACUCAUUGCAGGGGCAAUCCAUAACUCACCCAAGGCUUUAUGAAACUGAACAAUCAAGUUUCAGACCAGAAGCUAUGUAUGAAAGACUACAAGAUAUGGUAAAAGACUUGAACUAGACUUUAAAAGUCAACUCAAAAAUUUCACGUGUUUCUCUGUUUACAAAGGAGUGAAAAGAGUUAGUGUUUAUAUUCAUGAAUGUUAGGGACAAUCAACUGUUAGACAUCAUCCUCAGCAACAUUGCAAUGCUUCGAAACAUCAACACUCCAACAGGAAUUUCUCUCACUGAGUCACUAGCUCUGCCUUUUUCGAGCACUAGGAUUUAAAUUGUGAAUUUUUCUUAAUCUUUGAUUUUUACUUUUGAUGAUAAAAAUGAAUAUAUGUACAUAAACAAAUGUGGCAAAUAAUAAUAUAUGUAUAAUUUUGAUGU